AACCCAACAGGAAAAUUAAAUUAAAUGAAAUGCAUAAGAAAACAAAUAUAGUAAAGAAAUCCUGGGCUUUCUUUGAUUAUCUUUUGGAGCAUAUGACCACAUCAAAAACAUUGUUGUUGUUACUUUACCUUCCACAAGUUCCGAAUCUUGAGGGUAAUAAUAAUACAAGAAAAAGAUUAACAAAUCGUAAUGGGACUUGAAAAACUUACUGCUCCUCUGUUUUGGUUUUGGUUCAGUUUCUAAGAAAGUUACGAACUUUUGGCUUUGAGGCUUUGGGUUGAAUGUUUGUUACACGCUAAACUCAAUUGGGUUCCAAUCAAAGUUUGGUACUUUAUCAAGAUCGCAAAAGUCCUUUUAAUUAGUCUCUUUUUGUUUCAUCAAUGUUUUUUUGGUUAUGUUUGACCUUUUUGAGGUUGAAUGCAUUUUUCUGACACACCCACCUAUUUAACAAAUGCGAAUAUUAAUUACUUUAAAUUUAUUAAAUUUUGGUGACUGUGAGCAUUUUGAUUUAUUUUGGUGCUGAAUUAGAUACAAUAGACAGAAACAGAUAAAUAAAUUAAUUCCUAUUAGAAGUUGGUUUUUUUUAUGCGAAUUUCUUUUUGGGGAUUUGGAUUUUACGGGCCUAGGGUUCUCUUUUCAUACUUUACUCGUCUAUUUUGUGCUUUUUUGUGAUUGUAGAAGCUAAGGACUCGCUUGGGUCGUCGGUAUUUCCUGAUUUUCUCUUCUGGGUUGUUCAAGUUCUUCAAAUUCCUCAUCUGGGUCGGUGAGUUUUUCGGUUUCUGUGGUCUGAGGUGGUGAAUUUUCCCUUGUUCCUUGCCAGGUUCUUCCUGUGAGAUAGGGUUUGGCUUGUUUUGGGUCCUGGAUCUUGUUGCUAGGACCUUCUGUUCUUUGAGUCCAUGCUGGCUUUCUGGCGAAAUUUUGGUUCUGAGAGUGCUUUGUGAGGAGGGAUUUGACCCCUCUUAGUAGAUUUGGUUAUCCCUUCUUGAAUGCUAGCUACAAGUUGAAUCAAGUUGGAAAUUUGAUCAGGUUGGUGUGGUUGGUAUCCAAGUCAGGGUCGAAGUUGAUGCAUGCCCUCAGUGUUAUAAUCUAGGAGAUGUGAUGGUUUUCGGGUUUUAAUUCUUGGGUGAGCAGCUUGAGCUUCUUUGCUUUGCCACCUCUCUGGGCGCCUGCAGGGAAAUAAUGAAUCAUUCUCAGGGAGCUUCAAAGCAAACUUGUAGUCUGCUUGUGGUCACUUGUGGGAAAAUUUCUGAAGAAAAACCUAACGAGGACACCCUAGAUGAGAAGCUCAAAUACCCGUUUCCAGAGUUAGUCUCUUUAGGUCGUUUGGAGGUUCAAACUCUGACCAAGCCAAGCAAAGAGGAGUUCUGUAAAAUGCUUGAAUCAUAUAAGCCAAAUCUUGUAUACUUGCAAGGAGAACAGCUUGAGAAUAAUGAAAUUGGGUCUCCUGUCUGGGAAGAUGUUGAUUUGUCGACUGCUGAAGCUAUAUCUGAGAUCUUCAGUGCCACGUUGCCUACAACUGUUUAUUUGGAGGUUCCAAAUGGUGAAAAUUUGGCAGCGGCACUUCACUCUAAGGGAAUUCCUUAUGUGAUAUAUUGGAAACAUGAAUUUUCUUCUUAUGCUGCUUGCCACUUUCGACAUGCAUUGCUUUCAGUCGUACAGAGUUCAUCAACUCAUACAUGGGAUGCUUUCCAACUUGCAUAUGCUUCCUUUAGGCUUUACUGUGUAGAAAACAGCCAUGCCAUUCCUGCUAACAGACACAAAUCUAGUAGUGCUGAGCUGGGGCCAUGCCUUCUUGGUGAUCGUUUGAAGAUCAACGUUGAUCCCCCUGAGGCAGAUGUGGAGGAAGAUGAAGAAGGUUCCUUGGGUACUCUCCCUGCUAUAAAGAUACAUGAUGAUGAUGUGAUCUUGAGGUUUCUUGUUUGUGGGGAGCCUUCCACAUUGGAUGCAAGUUUAUUAGAACCUUUGGAGGAUGGUCUCAAUGCCCUCUUAAACAUCGAAAUGCGUGGGAGCAAGCUUCAUGGCAAGUUUAGUGCUCCUCCACCGCCUCUUCAGGCUGGGACAUUUUCUCGUGGUGUUGUGACUAUGCGAUGUGAUGUAUCAACGUGUAGUUCUGCGCACAUCUCACUUCUUGUGUCAGGCAGUGCACAAACUUGCUUUGAUGAUCAGCUUUUGGAGAAUCAUAUAAAGAAUGAGGUUAUUGAAGAGAUUCAACUAGUACGUGCACUGCCCAACAACGAGGGAAACAAAGUACCUCUAGCUGAACCACGGAAGUCUGCUUCAAUUGCAUGUGGGGCUACUGUAUUUGAAGUAUGCAUGAAGGUUCCAGCAUGGGCUUCACAGGUUUUGAGGCAGCUCGCACCUGAUGUUUCCUAUCAUAGUUUAGUUGCACUUGGCAUUGCCAGCAUUCAGGGAUUGCCUGUUGCUUCUUUUGAAAAAGAAGAUGCUGAGCGCCUUCUUUUCUUCUGUUCAAGUCUGGGAAAAGAUAAUAAAUCGAAUGACUUCAUUCUCGGCAGCCCUCCUACUUGGUUGAGACCACCUCCUCCUAGUAGGAAGAGAUCUCAACCAUGCCAAGAGACAAGCCGGGGUUCUAAUUACAGCCAGAGGCUUCCAAGUCUAGCUGCUUCUAAAAUAGACGAAGACAACAAAGAAGCUGGAGCCAUGAAUGGGGUUAGCACGCCUUUACUUCCACCUAGGCAAAGAUUGAAAAUAGCUGCAAUGAGGCCCAUUCCUCAUGUUCGUCGUCCUAAAAUGACACCCUUUUCUGGAAUGUCCGAGUUAGAUGGGCACGAUGGAGGCCAAUUUAAGGCUAAUCUACCUCCUGCUCCCCCCACAAAGCUCAAUAUUGUUGGAUUAACUCCAACAACACAACGAAAAUCGUACUCAAGCUCUUCACAUUCUAAGCAGAUUAUUUCCUUGAAUCCUCUGCCUUUAAAGAAACAUGGUUGCGGAAGAAGCCCAAUACAUUCUUGCUUAGAGGAGGAGUUUUUGAAGGAUGUAAUGCAGUUUCUAAUUCUCCGAGGACAUAGUCGACUCAUUCCUCAAGGUGGACUCGCCGAGUUUCCAGAUGCCAUUCUCAAUGGAAAGCGGCUUGACCUCUACAACUUGUAUAAAGAGGUGGUUACAAGGGGAGGCUUUCAUGUUGGCAACGGCAUCAACUGGAAAGGACAGAUCUUCUCAAAGAUGCGCAAUUACACCAUGACCAAUAGAAUGACUGGUGUUGGAAAUACGCUUAAAAGACAUUACGAAACUUACCUCCUAGAAUACGAAUUGGCUCAUGAUGAUGUAGAUGGAGAGUGCUGUUUAUUGUGUCACAGUAGCGCAGCAGGAGAUUGGGUGAACUGUGGAAUAUGUGGUGAGUGGGCCCACUUUGGCUGCGACAGAAGGCAGGGUCUUGGUGCUUUUAAGGAUUAUGCAAAAACAGAUGGACUGGAAUACAUAUGUCCGCAUUGCAGCAUCAGCAAUUUCAAGAAGAAACCACAGAAAAUUGCAAAUGGUUUUUCUCAAGGCUCCACGGUAUCACGGCCACUGUAAUUCAGUUUUGCUCUUAUAACAUCAUAGUUAUAUUCUUUUCCUUCUGGCUCUCUGAUUUUGAGGUUGCUUCCUCCCCAAUCUGGCGCAAGAAAUUGUUAAAUUGUCCGGCUGAUCAAUUGCAUUGAUGGUAAAGUAGGAGACAAAAUAUGGGGGGAGGACAAAGUUAGAAAAAAGUGUAGUAGAGCAUACUAGUUAGUGUAGGCAUUUCAUUUUGGGUGGGAAAUUUCUGUCCUAUUUUUUGCUUUAAUUUCUGUUUUUUGUUUUUGUUUUUUUUCCCUUUGGGGGAGGAGGGGAUUGUGGUUGAUAGUCAAGAAAUCCCAUGAUUCGGAAGUGUCGUUGUAAUAUAAUUCCGCUAUCGAUGUGAACAUAUAUGACUUAUGUAGCGUUUAAUGAAAGAUUAUGAUUAUACUGACUUAUCAA